AUCAACCUCUGAUAGAGCUUGCUCAAAGUUGUAUUUAUAAGUAUGACGUUCCGUACACACGAUACUUCUUCACCAUUUCAAUUCCUGUUGUGCAAAAAAAUCGAUUUUUGACCAGUCAAAUAAUCAGCGCAAGAAACCGUCGACGACAGUUCAGUGUAGUGCGACAGACGGAAACCAAUUGAAAUCUCCUCAUAUCAGCAGUCAAUUUGGAACAAGUCUAGGAACCUUAUCACCGAGUACGACCGAGAUCUGUGAAAUACUCAAUAACUCUAUUAUCGAUAAUCUUCCGCAAUAUUCAGUGUCGUCAACUUGCCAUAAUUGAGAGUUAUCGGAGAUAUCAAUUAUCAGUAGCACUAUUCAGAGGACAGAGCUGGAGAAAAAAUCUCAUCCGUAGCACGGAGAUUGUAGUAACGUUAUCACUUCUGUCCGAGAAACAUCUAAUAACUCAACCGGCCAGGACCUUUCGGACCUUUGGAUUACAUAAUAAUAUUCCUACAGUAUAGCAUAUACUUAUAUGCAACCUCUCUAAGCGCAACAAUUGUGUUCGUGAUCAGGAACGUUGAACCAAGUGUACAAAUACGACCAUUAUUAUAAUUGUAAAUUAGCUACGGUACUCCCGUUUGCGCUCGAGAAUAAUGUCGUCUCUACCUCGCGUCAAUUUGGACGAACCACGGUAUGACCAGAGUACGUACCUCAAUCGGGCGAAACACUUCCUAAUCGUUACCAAUCCGCUCAAUGUUUUCGUCACCGAGGAGCAGCUGGAUCGUGCCGCACGGAUCGUUAAAGAUUACCGCGCCGGCAAACCAGUGCCCGAUAUUUCCUCGGUGGACGAGCUGUGGGCAGCCAAAUACCUGUACGACAGUGCUUUCCAUCCGGAUACGGGCGAGAAAAUGCUCCUGGUCGGCCGUAUGUCCGCCCAGGUGCCCAUGAAUAUGAGCAUCACCGGCUGUAUGAUGACGUUCUACAAAUCCACUCCGGCGGUUAUCUUCUGGCAGUGGUUCAAUCAGUCCUUCAACGCGGUCGUCAAUUACACCAACCGAUCGGGGAAGUCUCCAAUCAGCCAGGAGCAGCUGCUAACUUCGUACUGCCUGGCCACAGGCGGUGCUCUCGCAACGGCACUCUCGCUGAACCGGCUUGUGCGGAAUGCUCCACCACUUGUUGGCCGACUUGUGCCGCUAGCAGCUGUCGCCGCCGCGAACUGCAUCAACAUUCCGCUGAUGCGCAUGCAAGAACUGAAGAACGGCGUCACGUUAAUCGACAGCGAAGGAAAUGAGCUCGGGCAAUCGGUUCGCGCAGCGAAGGAAGGCAUCGCAGCGGUUACCUUUAGCCGUAUUCUGAUGGCCAUGCCGGGCAUGGUGUUUACACCCGUACUGAUGAACACGCUCGAUAAGCGCGGCUUCCUGAAGCGUGUUCCCUGGGCGAACGCCCCCAUCCAGAUGUUGUUCUGUGGCUUCUGUCUCACGUUCGCGACCCCACUCUGCUGUGCACUGUUCAGCCAGAAGGCAUCGAUAAGCGUUAACAGUCUUGAGGCGGACGUCCGCGAAAAGAUUCGAAAGGAACGCCCCGAACUGGAGCUAGUCUAUUACAACAAGGGACUGUAAAUUUCACUGCCGGAUAGAUAUUACUCCUGUAUGGGUCUCGCGAAGCUGAUCAUUUGUGCUUCAGUUACAAUGAAAGUGAAAGGGACAAUAAUAGAUUGUGAAAAGUUAUAUAUUAUGCGUGGUAAAACAUUGGGAGAUUUUAUUAGCUUUGUGUUAUUCAUGUCGAGCUUAAAACCAACCAAACAGAUGGAUUCAUUCCAAUUGCAAUUUUAUAACCAAUGUAAUGUAUACUCAGCAUGGGAAGCCGCCAUCGUCUUCACAGUCGUGUAAGGUGUUUUGACAAUAAUCGAUACUAGGUAAAAGACAAAUAUUGUAGAAAAUGCUAUGGAAAAUAUUCAGCACAAAUAGAAUGGGAUUAUUUCAAUCUGUAUAACCUAUAGAAAUAAAACAUACCAUAUACACAAAAUACUAAAUUAACAUGUCUCCACCGAGGUUAUCGAUGUGAAUCGAGGUGGAAUGUUGGAAACAGUGGCGUACCUGGAGUGAGUGGUGACACCCAGUGUUGCCACACGUACAGAUUUUUUUCGUUAUUUUUGGUACAGAUUUCGUUUAUCAAUUUUUCCCAUCAGUAAAACAUGUUACUUUAAUAUAGAGAAAACAUAUUUGAAAUGGAAAAGGUAAUUUUCUUUUAUAAUUUUAAUUUUCUGAGUGUUUAUUCAACCCAACGCGAAUUUCAAUUGGACUAACAACAUAUGUAGCAUAUGUAGAGCUAUCACUUUUUGUUGCCGUAUAAACUUUCCUUGGGUGAAAAUGAAUACAACAAAACAGACAGCUUAAA